AUGAGAGCCGAGGGACGAAUCAAUAAUUCACGUCCGAUACGCGAGUGUGUGUUCGUGAACGAGAAACUAAUCGAAUUUAUUAGAACGGCAGCAGAGACGUCUCAGGGAAUUGCCAGCGGCCGUGGGUCUGCUCUGUGUCCAUGUUCUGUGUGCUCGAAUGCGAAGCAAUUUUCCAACAACUGCUGCUCCAGGAUGGCGAAUGACGUCCUUACCUCGUCAUCAUUAUCAUGGGUGGAUGUUGCCUUUCCUCUUGGAUUUCUACACAUAACAGAGUUGUGCGUUGGGUGGAAUCCUCUUGAUUAGCAUUAAAACAAGUGACAAUCUCAAAUUAAACAUACAAAUGUUCGGAGAUCAACUUCAGUGGCAAA